AUGAUUCCCUCAUCACCCAAUUUCCUCUCUUCGUUUGAUCCAGCCCUUCACCUCCAUUCCGAAGACCCUACCAACGCGACUAGCCUUCCCUCCGAAUCCUUCGACGACGAUCUCGAGGCAAUCCACCUCCAUCGCCUCGAGCAAACUCGCAAUAAAGUUGUGAUCCAACACCGAGCCUGGAAUUUGUCCGAUGUCUUUCGCAGUGACGACGAUAUAAGACCAGAUACCCCGACAAAAGACUCCAUCAAGACACCACGACGAACCGCGCCGACGCGAGCCCAAAAUCUUUCUUUCCUUCCGUCCUCGCCGCCUACCCUCAACAUGCCGUUUAUUACUCCUUCGGGGCCAGCUGUACUUGGAAAUUCGGAUGGCAAUGCACAAAAACGAAAAGCUACCGAUCGUGAAGAGAACUCGCCGCCCGCCGAACCCAAGCGACCGAAGUUUCUGGGAGGAUUCGUGGACGAUGAUGACGAUGAUGAUGAUGAAAUUUCCGAGCUGAGAGACGCGCAGCUUAAGAGCCAGUUUGAAUUACAAGAAACGACAGACCUCCCCGGCAUCCUGGAAGAACCACAGACAUCUGCAUAUUCAGUUCAACCGAAUGAUGAGACACCAAGAAUUUCGAGAAUACAAGCCGAAAUCGCCUCUCGCCCCGUGCCCACUUCUUCGACGAAGAUCCAGAUCAAAACUUGCAAUGGCAAAACACAUCACGUCACCCUGCGCAAGGCCCAGGCACCUAUAUCCUUUGAACGCAUGAUUGCGGGUCGGUCUGAGACAGAUCCAGGUCGAGCACAGAGGAGUUACUACGGAAUUGAGAUUCACAAGCUUCUAGACGAGGCCGCAAAAGAAGCAAAAGCCGCCCAGGCAGCACCCCGAGCUCCGGUGCAGGAGUCCGUUGAAAGGACCGAGGCGGAUGCAAAGCAGAGAAAGGCCGAUUCCAUGAUGUGGACGGAGAAGUACCGUGCUCGCAAGUUCACCGAUCUGAUUGGCGAUGAGCGUACACACCGUGCGGUGCUUCGCUGGUUGAAGGGGUGGGAACCAAUUGUGUUUCCCGGCCUGGCCAAGUCUUCCCGACUCAAUAAGAUCGGCCAAGAGAAGGAGGAUGAGGAGCGCAUGCACCGUAAGGUCCUUCUGCUGAGCGGCCCUCCUGGACUCGGAAAGACUACCCUGGCCCAUGUAUGUGCAAAACAGGCUGGCUACGAAGUUCUGGAGAUCAACGCCAGUGAUGAGCGUAGCAAAGAUGUGGUCAAGGGCCGCAUUCGCGACGCGCUUGGGACAGAGAACAUCAAGGGCGCCAACGUUGAAGUUGGCGAGAACAAGGUCCGUCGGGCAGCCAAGCCAGUUUGUGUUGUGGUCGACGAGGUCGACGGUGUUGUUGGCGGUGCAGGCAGCGGUGGCGAAGGUGGCUUCAUGAAAGCUCUGGUUGAUUUAGUUCUACUCGACCAACGAAAUGCGCGAUACUCCGCUGAAAAUGGCGGCAAACCGGCCAAGAAUCGCAAAGGGGAUACCUUCCGCUUCUUGCGGCCGUUGAUUCUGGUUUGCAACGAUCUAUAUCACCCCAGUCUUCGCCCUCUGCGGGCCUCUUCGCUCGCUGAGAUGAUCCACGUUCGGCAAGCACCGUUGGAGAAUGUUGUUCAACGGGUGAAGAACAUUUUCAGCCGCGAAGGAAUCCCAUGCGAUGGCGAUGGAGCGCGAAGGCUAUGCGAAGCAGCUUGGGGAUUGGAAAGUAGAAGAAAACGUGGCUCUAAGCACAAUGGGUCUGCCGAGGGUGAUAUCCGAAGUGUGCUUGUUGCCGCCGAGUGGGUGGCACAUAAGCUUCGGAACGAGUGCUCGUCACCGUUGAGAUUGACUCGAAACUGGCUGGAGUCGCGAGUGCUCAGUGCUUCUACAGAAGGCGGCUCAUUCUUCAAGGAGAUGAGCCGCGGAGGCGUUCGUGAGAUUGUGAAUCGUGUCUUUACUGAAGCGGCUGGUUUCACCGACGCUCCGACUGGCCUUACUUUCCAGGGCAAAUAUGACGGCCCCAACAGCCGGGUCCCAGUGGGAGUGGCAGAUCUGCGCAAACGACACGCUAUCAACCGAUUGCGGGAGAUGGUUGAUGCUAGCGGCGAACAUGAUCGGUGUGUGACGGACUGCUUUGCUUCAUACCCCAUUCAGCAGUACCAAGACGACAACUUCCUCUCGAAACCCACUGCCGCAUACGACUGGCUUCACUUCCACGACUCGAUCUCCUCGCGAGUGCAUUCAUCUCAGGAGUGGGAAUUGGGCCCAUAUCUGAGCCAGUCCACGCUUGCAUUCCACCAUCUCUUUGCUUCGGCUGCUGGGAGGAUGGAGGCGAAUGAUCGCGACAAGGACGAAAAAAUCGAGGAAGAGCAUCCGUUCUUGGGUCCUAGGGCAGAUUUCCUUGCAUACGAGGCACAGAAGGAAAACCGCUCUAUUCUGAACGGAUUCCACUCGUCCUUAUCGGCACCUAUGACUCGCAUGUUCCGAUCAACUGACAGUGUUGUCACUGACCUCAUCCCGCACUUGGUCCGCAUGCUAUCACCGGACGUCAAACCCGUCAUUGUUCGUGGUGGCGGCGAGCAGAGAAGUACGGCCAGCGUCCGCAAGGAAAGCGAGCGUACUCUCGUCCAGUCUGCCGUACGUGUCAUGUCUGGCAUGGGAGUGACGUUUGAGAAAGUUCGAGUAGAGCAUGAAGGCGGGAGCCACGGUGGAUGGGCCUACAGGAUGGAGCCAUCCAUCGAUUCGCUCGUGACAUUCUCGAAAAUAACCGGCAGCUCUUCGGCAUCUGGCACUGCGCCAGUGCGUUAUGCAGUCCGCCAAGUCUUGGACCAGGAGUACCGCAAGUUGACCAUGCGCAAACAAUCUGAUGCCAUGAGCGCUGCCAGCGGCAAGUCUCUGCUUGGUAAAUCCGCGCACGUGCAGGGCGAUGCUGCUCAGAACGCCGUAAGAGACGGCGCCAAGCGAGACUUCUUUGGACGAGUGAUCCAAGAGCCCGUUCGAGAGACGAAUGAUACUGAGGAUAGUAACCCAUCGGAUGAGAGUUCAAAGGCUGGCCGAAAAGUAUGGGUUACUUUCCAUGAAGGUUUCUCGAAUGCGGUUCGCAAGCCAAUCUCCUUGGGAGAGUUAAUGGCGGGCCUAUAG